ACCUGUCAGUGUGUUCACCGCCUCAGUGCGAAGUAGAAGUAGAAGAAGACGAGGACGAAGAAGGAGGAGACGAAGAAGAAGGUGACAACAGAUCCAACAUGGCUGCGCUCUUCGCCACUUCCCGUGUCCUCGGGAAAAAGGUCUUAUCAUCAAAAGCUUUAGCCCCAGGUUGCCCCGCCAGCCUCCGGAAGCUUCAUUUCUCCAUCUAUGGGAAAAGGGGAGACGCCAAAGUCUCAGAUGCUAUAUCCACACAUUAUCCAGUGGUAGAUCAUGAGUUUGACGCUGUUGUGGUGGGAGCAGGUGGUGCUGGACUGCGUGCUGCGUUUGGGUUGUCAGAAGCUGGCUUCAAUACAGCGUGUGUCACAAAGCUGUUCCCCACGCGCUCUCACACAGUGGCUGCACAGGGUGGGAUCAAUGCAGCGCUUGGGAACAUGGAGGAAGAUGAUUGGCGCUGGCACUUUUAUGACACAGUAAAAGGAUCUGAUUGGUUGGGAGACCAGGAUGCCAUUCACUAUAUGACUGAACAGGCUCCUGCUGCCGUGGUUGAGCUGGAGAACUUUGGUAUGCCGUUCAGCCGUACAGAGGAUGGAAGAAUCUACCAGCGUGCGUUUGGAGGUCAGAGUUUGAAGUACGGAAAAGGAGGCCAGGCUCACAGGUGCUGCUGCGUGGCCGACCGGACGGGUCACUCCCUUCUGCACACGCUGUAUGGACGGUCUCUGAGGUACGACACAAGCUAUUUUGUGGAGUAUUUCGCCCUGGACCUGUUGAUGGAGGAGGGGAAAUGCGUAGGAGUCAUAGCCUUGUGCAUGGAAGAUGGAUCUAUUCACCGCUUCAGGGCCAAAAACACAGUAAUUGCCACAGGUGGUUAUGGACGCACUUACUUCAGCUGCACAUCAGCCCACACUAGUACAGGAGACGGUACUGCCAUGGUGACGCGUGCCGGCCUGCCCUGCCAGGAUCUGGAGUUCGUUCAGUUCCACCCCACAGGCAUCUAUGGAGCUGGUUGUCUGAUCACAGAGGGUUGUCGUGGUGAAGGUGGAAUCCUGAUUAACAGUGAAGGCGAGAGGUUUAUGGAACGCUACGCUCCAAACGCUAAAGACCUGGCCUCCAGGGAUGUGGUUUCACGCUCCAUGACCAUCGAAAUCCGUGAGGGAAGAGGCGUAGGGCCAGAGAAAGACCAUGUGUACCUCCAGCUCCACCACCUCCCCCCCCAGCAGCUGGCUUCCCGUCUGCCGGGAAUCUCCGAGACCGCGAUGAUAUUCGCUGGCGUGGACGUCACGAAGGAGCCCAUCCCAGUCUUACCCACAGUUCACUACAACAUGGGCGGCAUCCCCACCAACUACAAGGGCCAGGUCAUCACCCACAAGGAUGGUGAGGAUAGGGUAGUGCCAGGGUUGUACGCCUGCGGUGAAUCCGGCUGUGCCUCUGUACAUGGUGCCAACCGCUUGGGAGCCAACUCGCUGCUGGAUCUCGUGGUGUUUGGCCGUGCGUGUGCUCUCACCAUUGCCGAAAACAACACUCCAGGAGAGAAGCUUGAACCCCUGAAGCCUAAUGCAGGAGAGGAAUCUGUCGCUAACCUGGACAAAAUACGCUUUGCUAACGGCUCUACCAGGACUUCUGAGAUCAGGCUUAACAUGCAGAAGACUAUGCAGACUCACGCUGCAGUGUUUCGUACCGGAGAUGUCUUGAAGGAAGGUUGUGUUAAGAUGGACGCCCUGUAUCAGACGUUAGACGACAUCAAGACGUUUGACAGAGGUAUCGUCUGGAACUCUGACCUAGUGGAGACUCUGGAGCUGCAGAAUCUGAUGCUGAAUGCUGUGCAGACGAUCCACUCGGCUGAGGCUCGCAAAGAAAGCAGAGGGGCGCACGCCCGGGAAGAUUUCAAAGUGCGUGUGGAUGAGUAUGAUUACUCAAAGCCAUUGCAGGGUCAACAGAAGAGGCCUUUCGAGGAGCACUGGAGGAAGCACACUCUGUCAUACACAGAUCCAAAGACAGGAAAGGUCACUCUGGAGUAUAGACCUGUGAUCGAUGACUCUCUGAACGAUGAAGACUGUGCCGCCAUUCCACCUGCUAUCCGCUCCUAUUAAACACAGCCGCACCGUUUACUAUUUAUCAAUAACAUGCUCAGUCUCAGUCUUCAGGUACAUUACAGGACAUUUGUGUUAAACUCUGGCUUUCUAGGUGACACUGCUAAUAAAGAAAUACAAAAAAUAGAGAAAUAUGGAACUUAUGUAAAAAAUAUUGUCCGAAAAUAGUCCAGGUAAAUAUAUUGUUUCCUGCAGCUAGCACUUAAGACAUAAUUAAAUUCCAGAUGUACUUGUGUUCCACUGAAUGAGCCUUGUUUAUCAAGCUUCAUGUGAAUAAAUCUGUUCAUCAGUCACUCAUAGUUGGUUCAGAAAAGCAUUCAUAUCCUACAAGAGCUCCUGAGUUUGUGUAAAUUUACGUUUAAGGACAUUCGCGAAUGUGAGCCUUGAGCGAUCGACUUACACAUGUAAUAUGGUGAUGAGUGGCGCAGACACACACAAAGACACACACAAAGACACACACAAAGACACACACAAAGACACACACAAAGACACACACAAAGACACACACACCAAUUUAAUGAACAUUUAAUGAACAUGGCAUAAGAGAUUUCUGGCCAACAAUCACAGAGAAACUUGCACCAAUAGAACCGUUUCCCUGUGUGAUGGAUCCAGUGUAGAAACUUUUCUCUCCAUUUUCAUGUCAAACUGUUUUCUUGUCACCUCAGUUAAUUCCCAGCUAAUUCACCUUUUCUGUGCGAGUGAAAAUAACUUCUGCCUCUGUGAAAUUCCUUUUCUCUUGCUGGUUUGUCCUGUGUGAGCUUUGCCUUUUAUAGAGUUUUGUGGGCGGCACUAAAUGCAAAUGAGCUGUAGCGUGAAUGCGCUUUGCACUUUACGAGUGAGUUGUAAUCCAUCAAUGUACAGCAUGAAUAUGAAGAAAAUCAGCAUUACUCAAACUUUUGCAAAUCUGCUGGCAAUUUUUAGUUCGGUUAGCUGACAAACAUUUACACACCACUUGAUAAAUGAGGCCCAAUUUUCCUGCGUGUUUUCAGCAAUGUACUUUCCGCUCGAUUCAUUAAAUUGCUUUCCAGCUACUUCA